AUGCAGUCAAGUCCGCCGACGCGUGCUCAUUUGCCGGCAACAUCUCCAACGGCAUCGGAAUACUCACUCGAUCUGAAUGCGCUAGGUAGCGACGGCGAUACAGACACGUCCAUUCCCAAACCGCGUAUGGAUCGCGUCUUUUCGGAAGACAUUGAUGGACCCAGCGACUUUACCCAGAACAUGGACAUGUGGAUGCGCGGCGGCAGUCUGAGGAAGAAAGCAAAUGCAAACCCGGGCUCGCAAGCGCAAACGCAGACGCAAACGAUCAACACGCAGGAAGAUGUUGGUGAAACUCGUGAGCAACAUGAAGAGGAUCAAUAUGGCGAUGGCGAAGGCGAUGGUGAUGGCGAUGAUCAGAGCCAGCAAAGCUUGCUGCAUGUGCCCGCGAACAGCCACGAGGAAGAGAAAGCAAGUGCGGGCAAUCAUACCCCAGAGAACACCCCGCCAAAGGUGUCUGGCAUGGAGAACGACGAGCACCAGUUCAGCUCCGAGUGGCACACAUAUGGGAGUGCGUCUACGCCAGUCCCGCCUGUACACAAACAGUUCCUUCAGCCGACGGUCGAGGAUCACCACAGCGAACUCACACCUGCCCGCCAUACUCCAGGCCAUACCGUGCGCGGUAGGCCCACGCGCUCUUUCCACGAUAUGCAGAGACGUUCAAGUCUUAGAGAGGAGGAGUCUACACCAGGCCGCGCAUCGAGUCCAACGUUCUCGCCCGUGCGGUCUCCAGUCGUGCAACGCCGAACCUCUGGCCAGACAAUUGUCAAUGACCAGGAACGUGACAACCUUGAAUCGCAGCUGAGACAGCUGCACGCGAAGUGUGAACAGCUGGAGCAGCUCAACAGUGCACUCAAGAAUGCACUCGACGAGGAAUCCCGCAUCAGGCGACAAGAAAGGGCGGAGUUCGAUGCGCACAUGAAAGAGGCCGCUCGUCGGGAGCGGGAUCUCACGGAGAUGAAGGAGGCAGCUUACCAACACAAUGAUGAUUUCCGACGACAAUUUGGGGAGAUGAAUGAGAAGCUCCACACGACGACGGAGAAGUCGGAAGAGCAGGCAAAACUUGCCAGGACGGGAGCACAAGAGAUGGUUCACAAGCAUGCUGCUGAAGUUGAAAGGCUGAAAGGGCUCUUGUCUCGCCAGACCUUACAACACAAACAGGAACUCCAAUCUCUGAAACAGGACCUGGAAUUGGCUCGUCGCAACACGAACAAUGCCGAGGCUACGAGCCGGGUGCACAAAGAAGAUCUCAAUACGCAGCGAGAGGAUCAUGAUCUCGAGCUGGAGCGGAUGCAGGCUGAAUUGCAGAAUGAGCGUGAUGAUGAAGGUGUUGUCUCGGAAUUAGAGCGUCUCCUCAAAACUGCGAAUGAUGACAUACGACGCUUAACWGAGGCUAGUGGCAAGAUGAAGGAGGAAGUUGAGAAUUUGAGGGAUGCAUUGGCCAAAGUCAAGCGAGGUCACGAUGAGGAGGCGACCAGAAUGGCUGCUGAGAGGACAAGAGCGGUCGAUCUCGCUGCAGGUCUCCAGCGGCAGGUGCAGGACCUCAAGACCCAAUUCAAGGACGUGCAUGCUGGCCACGGAGAAGAGGUUCAGAAAAUGAAGGCGGCGCAUGGCCUGGGCAAUGAAACCUCCUCACAGGAACUGGAGGUUGUGAGGCGCGAGCUGGACGCAAAACAAACCGAGCUGAACGAGGCCAUUCUCGAGAGGGACGAUGCUGUGGAUGAGCUUGAAUCGUCAAAGGCCGAACAGGAAGAGUUGAGGAAUCAGCUUGAAGAGCUCGAGGCUUUGAACAUCGAGCUGGAUGCGAGAGUCUCGGAAACCGUGCGAAGAAGAGAAGAAGUCUGGCGUAAGAAGCUUGAGAAGGCGGAUGAAGAACGCAAGGUCAUGGUCAAGACGCUGUUGCACCAGUGGGGACGUGAGGAGUUGGGCAAGGAGUCACCGCAGAGAUAUGCGUAUAAGCAUACGUCCAGUCCGGCGAAAGGUUAA